AUGAGAGACUUGAGAUUGGUAGCUUACCGAUUAGUUUCCUGGUUACCAGCUUAUAAGGUCUCCUUGGAUUUUUCUUAUGGUACCCUCAAAUCAUCAAGUGUUUCUCUUGUCACCAUCAGGCCCUCUCCGUUUCCUUACCUUUUGGACUUUCCGUCUCGCUGCAAACGACUUUUUGCACAAUCCAGAAUUUUCCGGUGUCCAAUAGUGAGUAGUUACACUCAGCCGCAAUGUAUGCAUCCAGGUCAUUUAGCAGCACUUCAGUCUGGUCAGUAUCGCUAA